GCUAGCUAGCUACUUAGAUUUGCUGGAUCUAGCAUUCAUCAACCCUGGCAUAUGAUCCAAGGCCAACUCCAUUGCAAAAGCAUACAAGUGCUACACUACUACUACCUCAAUCUCAUCCAAAGAAGUACAUGAUAACAUCCGCCCAUGUAUAAAUAUCACACCAUUCCUCUUCGAACUCUUCACAAAAUGGCGCCAUUCAAUAGCCUUACCUUCCUGCAAGCUCUUCUCAUUGCCGGAAUUCUCUCCUGCCAUUUGUGGCAGUCUGUUGUUGCUCAGAACUGUGGCUGCGCUCCGGGGUUGUGCUGUAGCCAGUAUGGAUAUUGUGGAACUGGCAAUGAGUACUGUGGGCAAGGAUGCAAACAAGGGCCGUGUCACAAGACUUCUGGUGGAAGUGGAGGUGGAGGUGGGGGUGGUGGCACAGUGACUAGCAUUGUGAGCCAGAAGUUCUUUAAUAGCAUUGCCUCCAAAGCCGGGGCCGGGUGCGAAGGCAAGGGGUUCUACACGCGCUCUGCCUUCCUGGAAGCUGCGCUCGCGUAUCCUCGGUUUGGCACUACUGGAACGGCGGUUGAGAAAAAGAGGGAGAUCGCUGCCUACUUUGCCCAUGUCACUCAUGAAACUGGAAGUCUCUGUUAUAUCAAUGAAAUCAAUGGAGCAAAACAGAACUACUGCGAUAAGAGUGACAAGCAAUUCCCAUGCAAUCCAAGGAAGAAGUACUACGGACGUGGCCCUCUUCAGUUGACAUGGAACUACAACUACGGCGCCGCAGGGAAAAGCAUCGGCUUUGAUGGCUUGAACUCGCCGGAGGAGGUGGCCAAUGACAGGAUCAUAUCCUUCAAGGCCUCACUCUGGUUCUGGAUAAACAAUGUUCACUCUGCCAUGACUUCCGGUAAGGGUUUUGGAGCCACCAUCAAAGCCAUCAAUGGUGAUAUUGAGUGCAAUGGGAAGAGUCCUGCCGCUGUCAAUGCGCGUGUCAGAUACUACAAGGAUUAUUGUCGCCAGUUUGGUGUGUCUCCUGGUGCUAAUCUUUAUUGUUAGAUGUUGCUGUUUAAAGUGCGUGCAAAACUAAUUGAGUUAAAAUAAAAAUAAGGAGGUGAAAAGCCAUGUACUACUAGCUCUUUAUGUUGUAUUUUGAGUCUGAUGAAGAAGGCAUCUUAAU